AUGGAAAUCGACCCCUUUGACCAAGUAUUAAAUGACACCAAGGAACAGCUAGAAAGGCUAUCGCAUUUCUUUACCACACACACUUCAAAUGAUGAAGCUGAUGAAAUAAAAGAAAUCAUAAAUGAAGUGGAUGAAACUUUAAUUGACCUGGAUAGGUCACUGGUCGUCAUGAAACGUGAUAGUUCCGAGACCACUGUCAUACAAGAAAGGGAAACUGCCGUACAAGAGUUGAAGAACGAAUUGAAAAGCAUUAAAGAUCAAAUUAAAAAGAAAUCAGAAGCCGUGAAUACAACUACAGGUGAUGGAUUAAAUGGUGUGGAUGAUUUCUUGAAUGAAGAUGAUGUUGAACUGGAUGGUGGAAAGGCAAACCCAUUUCAAGAUCAAAUGCUGAGAGAACAAGAUGUUCAUCUAGAUAAUAUACAUGAAACGAUGCAAAAUUUACAUGUACAAGCACAGACAAUGGGUCAAGAAUUACAAGAUCAGGGUCAAUUAUUAGAUGAAAUGGAUGAAGGAAUGGAUACUGUCGUGAAUAAAUUAGCUCGUGGCAGGAGGCAGUUGGAAUGGGUAUAUGAAAAAAAUAAAGAAAGAUAUAACGAUUGCUGUAUAGGGUUGCUUAUUAUUAUUUUGAUUGUCCUACUAGUAUUAGCAUUCAUAGCGUAA